UUUUUUUUAUAAUAAUAAAGAAAAAUCAAUAAUGGCUGCACCAAAUGCGGGUGCAUUAGCGGUGGUGGAGUCCACCUCCGGCGGCGGCGCCGCUGAGGAGAUGGCGGCGAAGGCGGUACAGAAGAGGUACGAAGGGUUGGUGAUGGUACGGACGAAGGCGAUAAAGGGGAAAGGGGCAUGGUACUGGGCCCACCUCGAGCCGAUUCUCGUCAACAAUUCAGACACCGGCUUGCCGAAGUCGGUGAAGCUGCGCUGCUCCCUAUGCGACGCCGUAUUCUCCGCCUCCAAUCCCUCCAGAACCGCCUCCGAGCAUCUCAAGCGCGGCACCUGCCCCAAUUUCUCCUCCUCCCCCAACCCCAUUUCUUCUCUCCCUUCCUCCUCCGCCGCCACCACCACCGCCACUGCUUCUCCCUCCUCCUCUCACCCUCCCCACAACCACCGCAAGCGCGGCUCCUCUUCCACCCGCAGCCGCGCCUCCUCCGCCGCCGCCGGUAACAUCACAUCAUUUUCACCCCACCACAACAACAACGCUCCCCAACCCCUAGCCAUUGUCGACCCUUCAAGAUUCAUGGUCGAUUUAGCCUACCCACCAUCAGUCGUUUCAAUCGCCACCAAUUCCGCCGCCCCUAGCCCCUCCGCCGUCUCCAUCGCCGCCGCCUACAGCCACCACCACCACCACCCCCACCAGCAGCAAAAUCAGCAGCAGCAGCAACUCGUUCUAUCGGGUGGGAAAGAAGAUUUGGGAGCUCUAGCAAUGCUAGAAGACAGCGUGAAGCGGCUGAAGAGCCCGAAAGCAUCGCCGCCGGGGCCCACAUUGGCCAAAGCACACGUCGACUCCGCACUCGAUUUCCUCGCCGAUUGGGUUUUCGAGUGCUACGGUUCCGUCUCAUUCUCAAGCCUCGACCAUCCCAAAUUCAAAGCCUUCCUCAACCAGGUCGGACUACCUCCUUUGUCGAGGCGGGAGCUCGCCAGCACAAGAUUAGACGCCAAAUACGAGGAGGCCAAAGCCGAGUCCGAGGCGAAAAUCCACGACGCAAUGUUCUUCCAGAUUUGCUCCGACGGUUGGAAGCCGAAGGAAUAUCAUCACGCCGGGGAAGAGAAUCUCGUACAUUUGUCCGUAAACCUCCCGAACGGAACCAGCGUGUUCAGAAGGGCCGUCUUCACGAGCGGCUACGUCCCGUCGAAGUACGCGGAGGAGAUUCUGUGGGAUACGAUAACCGAGAUUUGCGGGGGAUCCGUGCAGCAGUGCGUCGGCAUCGUUUCCGACAAGUUCAAAGCCAAAGCAUUGCGGAAUCUGGAGAACCAGCAUCCAUGGAUGGUGAAUCUCUGCUGUCAGUACCAAGGCUUCGCCUCUCUGAUCAACGACUUCGGUAAAGACCUUCCUCUGUUCAAAAUUGUCGCCGAGAAUUGCGUAAAGCUCGCAUCUUUCGUCAACAGCAAACCUCAAAUACGACGCAGCUUCCACAAAUACCAGCUCCAAGAAUACGGGCACGCCGGUUUGUUGAGAGUACCCUUUCGAAAUUUUCAAACCUCCGAUUUCGGGCCAAUCUACACCAUGGUAGAGGACAUACUGAGCUCGGCCCGAGCUCUGCAUUUGGUGCUGCUCGACGAGUCGUACAAGAUCGUAUCGAUGGAGGAGCCGAUCGCGAGAGAAAUCGAAGAAAUGAUGAGGAAACCCCAAUUCUGGAAUGAAUUAGAAGCAGUGCAUUCUCUCGUCAAAUUAAUCAAAACGACGUGCCAGGAAAUCGAAACGGAGAAGCCACGGAUCGCGCAAUGCCUCCCACAAUGGGAAGAGCUCCGGGUAAAAAUUAAAGAAUGGUGCUCGAAAUUUCACGUUGCGGAAGGGCACGCAGACAAGGUGCUCGAUAAAAGGUUCAAGAAGAAUUACCACCCCGCUUGGUCCGCCGCCUUCAUACUCGACCCGCUCUAUCUGAUCAGAGACGCCAGCGGCAAAUACCUGCCGCCGUUCAAAUACCUAACUCCCGAACAAGAAAAAGACGUGGACAGGCUAAUAACUCGUCUCGUAUCGAGAGAAGAAGCUCACAUUGCACUAAUGGAGCUAAUGAAAUGGAGAACCGAAGGGCUCGAUCCCGUUUACGCUCAAGCUGUGCAGUUGAAGCAGAGGGAUCCGAUUACGGGGAAAAUGAAGAUCGCGAACCCUCAGAGCAGUCGGCUCGUGUGGGAGACUUAUCUAACGGAGUUCAAGUUGUUAGGGAAGGUGGCGGUUAGGUUAAUUUUUCUGCACGCAACUUCUUGCGGGUUUAAAUGCAGUUGGUCUCUGAUGAGGUGGAUUAGCGCCCAUUCGCAUUCGAGGGCCGGAAUGGACCGAGCCCAGAAGUUGAUAUUUAUCUCGGCGCAUUCGAAAAUGGGGAAACGGGAAUUUUCGAGCGAUGAAGAUAAGGAUAAUGCGGAGGUUUUCGGCCUCGCGAAUGGUGAGGACGACGUGCUCAAUGAAGUCUUUGUUGAUACUUCCUCUGUAAGCAUUUGACUCGAAUUGUGAAACGAUGGCACGUAGUAUACAAGAGAAGACCAGCCCGAGGUUGUAAGAAUCGAAAAAAGAGGGCUUUUAAGACACUAAGUUUUGUUGCCUUAACCAACUACCUUUGAAGACAUAUAAUCAAAUGUGUUGAGCUGGAUUAUCAGCACUUGAAUAUUCUUGUUAAUUAACCCCACCAUGGACAAAGUUGUCUUAUAG